GUUAAGUGUGUUCUAAGAUGCUUUCAUAAUAUGCUUUCUCUGAAUAUAUAUACCCAGAUUGUAUACUGGAAUACCGCAUUAAUUUAUGUUUAAAAUACUCAUAUUUUCAAAACAAUAUUUGCUGAAUUUUACCUUUCUCCUUGAGACUUUUAUUUCUUUAUAGCUUUUUACAUUGAUUCGAUUUAUUUUUUUUGCUUUCUUUUUCAUGCACUUGUUUCUCUACGUGUAGACACAGAUCAGCGAUGGCGUAACCUGUGUGAUAAGAGCCACCGUCGCAGACAUUGCAAAAGUCACCCGUGGACCGGUUGUGAGGCAUGCUGCUCCGCUCCAGGGGGGCGUGGCCUGGCCAAAGACUCCUCUGGAUUCCUCCUGAGCUUUCCCAGCCGCCGGGUGACUAUGCAGUGGGCGGCACGUAGCCCGUGGCAAGUGCAGCAGCAGCAACAGUCGAGUCGCGUUGCGUCUUAUCUUAUCGGAGCGACACUACUCUGCGUGUGCCCCAGCCAUGAGAACCGAAUCGAAACCGAAUUCGAGGGGCAAUCAGAUCGGACAAUGUGAGAGCUAGGGAGCGGGAGCAGAGACCCAACCGAAAAGGCAAAAUGCUCGACUGGGCGCGCACACAUGUUACUUGAGCGCAGCGAGGGCCGCAUGAAGUCAGUUUGGCUCGUUGUGCCAGAGCAGCAACAAGUGCCCGCUAUAUCUCAAUCCGAAUCCGAAUCCGAGUCCGAGUGGUGGUAUCUGCAUCUGCAUCUUAGUAUCUGAAUCCGAGCGCGACUCUGAAACUUAAGACGAAACCGAAGCUGAAGCUGAAGCUGAAUCUGAAGCGCCUCAAGUGCUCUAGAGAGUUCCAGGCUCACUCAAUUGGCGAAAAGUGCAUUUGGCGCUGCUAAAUAAAUUCAAAUUAAGUCGGCAAUUUCAUCACAUUAACAGCGGAGGGCCAAGCGGAACGGAAAGGAGAGCGAUAAAUUAAUUAAGGCGGAGAUAAAAUUGCAACUGCGCCAAGAAAGUGAAAGCGACCGCAGUCGCCGCUGCCAGGUGACAGAAUGCUGCUCAGGGGCGCACAGCUGCUGGGAUGCGGCCUGGUCUCCCCAGCCGCCCGAAGCUUCAACUUCCGGCUGACCUGCCGCUUCCUGUCCGUUCAUUAUGGAGACGCCAAGGUACUCACCCCCGCCGUCAAGCAGUAUGUGGAAAAGUGUGUGGAUCUCUGCAAACCAGAGCGAGUGCACAUCUGCGAUGGCACUCCUGGCGAGAGCAAGUUGCUCCAGGGACUCAUGCUGAAGCAGGGAACCAUCCUGCCGCUGCCCAAGUACGAUAACUGUUGGCUCGCCCGCACCAAUCCGGCGGAUGUGGCCCGUGUGGAGUCCAAGACAUUCAUCUCCACCGCCAGCAAGGAGCAGACGGUCCCGGUGACGGAGAAGGCCACUCCGGGUAUGCUGGGCAAUUGGAUUUCCGAGAAGGAUCUGCAGGCGUCCAUCGCCGAGCGCUUCCCCGGCUGCAUGAAGGGACGCACCAUGUACGUCAUACCCUUCAGCAUGGGCCCCGUGGGUUCGCCUCUCUCCAAGAUCGGCAUUGAGAUCACCGACUCCCCUUAUGUAGUCGAGUCUAUGAAGAUCAUGACGAGGGCGGGCCAGCCCGUGCUGGAGUUCCUCCAAAGCGGAGAUGGUCAGUUUGUCAAGUGCCUGCACUCGGUGGGCACUCCCAAGAGCGGUGUCCAGGCCCAAGCAUCCUGGCCCUGCGAUCCCGAACGCACCAUCAUCCUGCACAAGCCGGCGGAGAACGAGAUAGUGUCCUAUGGAUCGGGAUACGGAGGCAAUUCGCUGCUGGGCAAGAAGUGCCUCGCCCUGAGGAUCGGCAGCACCAUUGCCAAGCGCGAGGGCUGGCUGGCCGAGCACAUGCUCAUCCUGGGCAUCACCAACCCACAGGGCAAGAAGAUCUACGUGGCCGCUGCCUUUCCCUCCGCCUGUGGCAAGACCAAUCUGGCCAUGAUGACGCCCACGCUGCCUGGUUACAAGGUGGAGUGUGUAGGCGACGACAUCGCCUGGAUGAAGUUCGACAAGAAGGGCGUCCUUCGUGCCAUCAACCCGGAGAAUGGCUUCUUUGGCGUGGCGCCUGGAACUUCGAGGAGCACCAACCCCAUUGCCAUGGACACGAUAUUCCGGAACUCGGUCUUCACCAAUGUGGCCUCCACCUCAGACGGCGGCGUCUACUGGGAGGGCAUGGAGAAGGCGCAACUGAAGGACGUGACCGUCACCGACUGGCUGGGCAAGCUCUGGUCGCCGGAGACGGGCAAGCCGGCUGCCCAUCCCAACUCCCGUUUCUGUACACCGGCCGCCCAGUGUCCCAUCAUCGAUCCCAACUGGGAGGACAGUGCCGGAGUUCCCAUCUCGGCCAUCCUCUUCGGCGGACGUCGUCCUGAAGGAGUUCCGUUAGUGUACGAGGCGAGGGAUUGGACCCACGGGGUCUUCAUGGGCGCUGCCAUGAGAAGCGAGGCCACCGCCGCCGCUGAACACAAGGCCAAGACCAUCAUGCACGAUCCCUUUGCCAUGCGACCCUUCUUCGGGUACAACUUUGGUGACUACCUCGCCCACUGGCUGAGCAUGGAGCAGCGCGGCCAGGUGCCCAAGAUCUUCCACGUCAACUGGUUCCGCAAGAGCAGCGAAGGCAAGUUCCUGUGGCCCGGGUUCGGGGACAACUCCCGCGUCCUGGACUGGAUCUUCCGGCGGGUGGAGGGUGAGCAGUGCUUCGAGGACUCACCCAUUGGCCGGCUGCCAGCAAAGGACUCUCUGAACCUAAGCGGCAUGGACGGUAGCAUCGAUCUCGAGCAGCUGUUCCAGCUGCCCAAGGACUUCUGGGAGCAGGAGGUGAGCGCCAUUGAGCGCUACUUCGAGGAGCAGGUGGGCCACCACCUGCCCAGUGCGGUGGCCGAGCAGCUAAAGGAGCUGAAGGCGCGUGUGGCCGACAUGUGAUGUGUGUGUUCCAUAGGUUACUCCCUCCUAAUCUAAGACCCUAUUGCCUAAAAUAAAACGAAACGA